AUGCGUCGUGUUUUGACUAAUGUUGAGAAGGGCAAUGAAGCAGGUCGGAUACAGGUUGAACACAGUGAACGAGAAGUAGCAAAGCAUUUUAAUGUCAAUGUGCAAGGCGCUGUCGUAGUACAGUUAGUUAAUGGACCACAUCCAAACGAAGGAAGAGUGGAAAUCAUCCGCGAUGGAGAACGUGGGACCGUGUGUGACGACAGAUGGGAUGAUGCCGACGCCGCUGUUAUCUGUAGGAUGCUGGGAUAUGGAACGCUGGACAACUUCCAGUAUGUGACUGGUGAAGGCAACAUCAGAGUGGAAUUAGUCAAUGGAGCACAACUGAACGAAGGACGAGUGGAGGUCAUUCGCAGUGGUGUCCACGGAACGGUUUGUGAUGAGAAUUGGGAUGGAAAUGAUGCCACUGUUAUUUGCAGAAUGGUGGGAUACAAGAGGAAACGUCUUAUAAUCCCAGCAUCGAAGACACCUGGCGACAUCACAGUGGAAUUAGUCGAUGGACCACAGAGAAAUGAAGGGCGAGUGGAAAUAGUUCGCAAUGGAGUCAGCGGAACGAUAUGUGAUGACCACUGGGAUGAAAAGGAUGCGUCCGUUAUUUGUAGAAUGCUGGGAUACAAUAAUGGUGGGAUAGCUCACGUCGGGGCAACUUACGGCCAGGGAACAGGGACGAUCCUACUGGACGAUGUACAGUGUAAUGGGGGUGAAACCACUAUGGAUAACUGCACGAAAAGUGAUUGGGGAACCCACAACUGUUCCCACGCUAAUGAUGCAGGUGUCACCUGCAAUAAUCCUUCCCCGCGCGCUGUCGUAGUACAGUUAGUUAAUGGAUCACAUCGAACCGAAGGAAGAGUGGAAAUCAUCCGCGAUGGAGAACGUGGGACCGUGUGUGACGACAGCUGGGAUGAUGCCGACGCCGCUGUUAUCUGUAGAAUGCUGGGAUAUGAGUCUCGAGACACACCUGGCGACAUCACAGUGGAAUUAGUCGAUGGACCACAGAGAAAUGAAGGACGAGUGGAAAUAGUUCGCAAUGGAGUCCGCGGAACGAUAUGUGAUGACCAUUGGGAUGAACAGGAUGCGUCCGUUAUUUGUAGAAUGCUGGGAUACAAUAAUGGUGGGAUAACUCACAGCGGGGCAAAGUACGGCCAGGGAACAGGGACGAUACUACUGGACGAUGUGCAGUGUCAUGGGGGCGAAACCACUAUAGAUGACUGCACGAAAACUGACUGGGCAACCCACAACUGUUCCCAUGCUAAUGACGCAGGUCUCACCUGCAAUGUUCUAUCAAGUAAGCUUUUGUGUUUCAAGUUGGCUUAA